CCCCCAUACAUAACGAUGGCCUCCCUCCGUCCCUCUCCUUGUGCCCUGCUAUUCCUCUUCUUCAUCGCCAUGGCUUCUGCUCAGCUGUCCCCUACUUUCUACAACACCGCGUGCCCUGAUGCUCUGAGCACCAUUCAAUCUGUCGUGGCCGCCGCUGUUGCCAAUGAGAGUCGCAUGGGAGCCUCGCUGCUCCGUCUGCAUUUCCACGACUGCUUCGUUAAUGGUUGCGAUGGAUCGGUCCUGUUGGAUGACACGGCCAACUUCACGGGAGAGAAGAAUGCAUUCCCCAACCUAAACUCCAUAAGAGGUUUCGACGUGGUCGACAGCAUCAAAUCCCAGGUCGAGGCCAUCUGCGAGCAAGUCGUCUCCUGUGCUGACAUCCUUGCGGUGGCAGCUCGAGACUCCGUCGUCGCCCUCGGUGGACCUUCGUAUACAGUUCAAUUAGGAAGAAGAGACGCGACGACAGCGAGCCGCAGCGCGGCUAACAGUAAUCUUCCGCCGCCGACAUUAAGCCUCAGUGGUCUACUGUCAUCUUUCUCCAGUAAAGGCCUCAGUGCCACCGACAUGGUUGCACUCUCAGGGGCGCAUACAAUAGGGAGCGCAAAGUGCAGUUCAUACCGCAACAGGAUCUACAACGAGGCCAAUAUCAACGCCUCGUUCGCCAACUCCACGAAGGCCAACUGCCCGAGCUCCGGCGGCGACAACAACCUGUCGCCUCUCGAUGUCGUGACCCCCACAGUCUUCGACAACUCCUACUUCCAGAAUCUGGUGAGCAAGAAGGGCCUGCUGCACUCGGACCAGCAGCUCUACAAUGGAGGAUCCACCGAUUCCCUGGUCACCACCUAUUCCGAAGACACGGACGCCUUCUUCAGCGACUUCGCUACCGCCAUGGUGAACAUGGGGAACAUUAGUCCUCUCACCGGCACCGACGGCGAGAUUAGGCUCAACUGCAGGAAGAUCAACUGA